GGCUGGGUUUCUCUUUUAUCCAAGAAGACGAAAAAAAAUCUUUGAGUUUCAAGCAUGACGAGACAAAGACACUGAGUGAACACUGACAAAUAAUGAUUUAAAAAAAACACUCUCAGAACUUGCCAUGGCCAUAAGGGAGCUCAAAGUUUGCCUUUUAGGGGACACUGGCGUUGGGAAAUCCAGUAUAGUUUGCCGGUUCGUUCAGGAUCAUUUUGACCACAACAUAAGUCCCACGAUAGGAGCAUCAUUCCUGACUAAGACAGUUCCAUGUGGAAGUGAACUACACAAAUUCCUGAUCUGGGAUACAGCAGGACAGGAGAGGUUUCACUCAUUAGCUCCUAUGUACUACCGAGGAUCGGCUGCUGCUGUCAUCGUCUAUGAUAUUACUAAACUGGACUCUUUCCAGACACUGAAGAAAUGGGUGAAGGAGCUGAAGGAGCACGGUCCAGAGGACAUUGUUGUAGCCAUAGCAGGGAACAAAAAUGAUUUAGGAGACAUCAGGGAAGUGCCUAUGAAGGAAGCUAAGGAGUUUGCUGAAUCAAUCGCAGCUAUUUUCAUCGAGACUAGUGCCAGAAAUGCUGUCAAUGUUGAGGAGCUCUUUCAGAAAAUCAGUAAACAGAUUCCACCCCUGGAGAAUCCUGAAGUGGACAGCAACGAGUCCUUUAAACUCACCCGGCAGCCUACUCCGUCCGCCAGGAGAUGCUGCUAGUACCAACGACGUUGCUGAUGAUGAGUUUGCUUCCUUCAGCACCCAGGGACCCCACCCGCACAGCACAUAGUCCACAAUGCACACAGUGUCUUACUCUAGGAAAAGACCAGACACAGUGGACAGACAGAGGUCAGCUUGCAUGUGUGGUCAACUGCAACUUGAGACAGAAAACAUCCGAAAGUAUUAACAGUAUUAGUUUUAAAUUGGUCAAUGUGCCAAUUUCAUCAAGCACAUUUUGUUAAUUUAAUUUGUAGCAGUUUUAACUCUGAUGGUGUCAGAAAGCAGAAAGCCUCCAGUUUGUCCCCCUCAGGUGGUGUUUUGCUGAAUUACACGAACGACUCCUGUCUAUGUGGUAUGGUACAUAGCUCAUUACAACGUAUUGAAUAACAGUUUUAUCCCAUUAUCCCGAGUCACUUUCAAAUAAGCACACAUUAAUAACAAGUCAUCUAGGUGAUCUAGCUAAUGUGCUUUAUAAAUCUGAGUUUUAGUUGCUGAUGCAAAUGCAUUUUCAACUUGAGAGCCAACUGCUCUGUAGGUUUUCAUUGCACUGCGGCUCUUAAAUGGCACACAUUAAAUGGACUUUAUCAGUAGUAGGAGUAGUUUGUUUCUCUGGUUUUUGUUUUUUGUUUUAUCAUGGCUAUUUUUUCCCUCUCACGGAGCUUUUGCGUUCAUGUAUGUAUCACUCCUGUAUAGAAUUUCAUUAGAAUUUUUGAAAAGGGUUUUAAAAGGUUGUUAAGAUCGAACCUCAGACGAGCAUUCAGUCCUACGGCUCAGAUGCAGCAGCUUUACAUUCCUCUUCGUCAUGUGUUUUCACACACAUCUGCUGUACAAGGGUUUAACUGUAAUGCUGUAGAAUGAAUCGCUUAGGGGCCUAAAUCGUAAUUACAGUAUGACACCCCCGCCCCCCCCUGCUGAAACACUGUGACCAAUACAAGAAUUGUUUACAUAGUAAUUUGUUAAAGAUGUUUUCUACAUGCUGAAAUAUUUUGUCUGAAAUUUCACUACAGGGAAUGACUGUAUACGAGUGCCAAACAUGUAUUUUUACCUUCAAAACAAGUAACAUUUAUACCAUUGUGAGGAGAGAAAAAAAGCAUGCAUGUAUUUUUACUCUAAUUUUACAUGUUGAAAUGAUGUCCAAGUUCCAAAUAGGUUGUGUUUUAUACACUAACCAAACUCUAAAGUAGCAUACGGUAAUAUAUCCUUAAAGUGGGGAAAGGGUAACAAUGUAGAUUAGCCCAGUGGUAAAAUUUGAAUUAUAUAAGUUUGUGUAGUGUUUGCUGCUGUUUGGUAGUAAUGCCCUUGGAUUUGACCACUUGAGAUUUUUUUAAACAGCACUUUUUCAAGUUUGUUUUGCAGGAGUUGAAACACUUACUGUACUCCAUAACAGUAGUAUUUGAUAAAAGAUUGAAAUUGACAUUAUAGAUAGAACAUGGUCACCUAUUUAACAGUAUAUCUGAUUUUACAUUUGGCUUGAAGAAAAUGUUUACAUUUGUACUCUUUUGUCAGUUAAAAAUGUACAACUUACCCCUUUGAUAGACUAAUUGAGUUAAAGUUUAUGUUUUUUAAUUCAGCCAAAUCAUAUGACUACAAUCUUCCACUAAACUGAAACUGAAAGGUGAAAUUGAAUUAAGAGCUGCUUGGUGAGUCUGAGGCACCAUUAUAUUAUAAUAACCAACAAUUUAGGAUUGACAAAAAAAAACCUUCACGAAGCUCAUUGUCAGUACGCUUGACAGUUUGGCGUGAUAUUACUUCCAUACAACAGAGAAUGAGUUUAUUCGAGUAUUGCGUUUCCAUUGCGAUGGAGAUUUUCGACAAGUGUUAUGUUCACUGCCACAAAAGUGCCUUUUUAAUGUUUUUCUAAACAGAUGUGUAUGACAUGGCUAAAAGUGCAUACUGCUAGAAUAAUGCAUGAAUUGUCUAAAUCAGUGCAGACUUAUUUUUUGCAUAACAUUCAGUUUCAAAACUGCCAGGUAUCUGCAACCCUCCCUAUACUGUAUGCCUAAGUCAUGCUUUUGUGUAUCCUGUGUACAACAAAUUAACUUUUGUAUAUUAAUCAGUGUAAUAAAGUAGUAAUUAUUCUA